UAGACCUGUUGCCACAAAUAAAUAGUGCCCUGAGGAGAAACAGACAUUUUGAUCGGGUUGAUUGUCACGUAUUAACUCUGAUUUUGCAAAUAUGUUGGUUACAGUGUUAUCAUAUUUUCUGUGUUCAUAUGGCUUGUUGUAUCACGCCUUUGUUCCUUGCUCGGUUCCUGAACAGUUGCGUGCCCACACUGUCAACCAUCAGCAGUUUCUGGGAAAAUGGUUCCUUAAAGCAACAGUCGGUCGGAGAGAGACUGACAUCCUGAAGUUCAAAGAUCUGGACAGCAUGUGGAUCUCCAUGGAGGAGCCGGUCAAUGACACACUGCUGGUGACUGGAAAGAUGCGCAUAGGAGAUGAUUGCAUUACACAGACCUGGACGUAUCAUAUAUUUCCUGACAGAGAUGAUGUUGUACUGGAAGGAUUGCCGAAGCGGAGGACCCCCCUCUGGAGUGGCAAGUGGGCAAACUGCUCCGACUGCCUAAUUAUCCAGGAAGUAGAACCACCUCUAAAGGAGACAGACACGGAGGACUCCCUCAACAGAUACCUGCUCCAUAUGCGGCAGAGUGAUAACAAUCCUGAGGUGGUGAAAGCGUUUCAAAAUAACCUGGCUUGUCAUAACAAGUCCACAAUUUUCAUACUACCUCAAGAAAAAGAGUUUUGCACCUAAAUAUUACAAUCAGGAGCCAUGGACAUCCUAAAGGACAAUACCAUUACUUCAUCUUUUUCACUGUAUAAGUGUGAAACAAAUAAAGGAAAAGAAAAACAUUG